GCUGGAGUUAGGGCUUUGCUCGCGUUGGCUGGCGCGUCCUCAGUGUGUUGUUUGUGUGUUAACGCGGCAGUUGACAGUAGAGAGUGGCCCAGUGGAUCGGAAACUCGGAAGGGCUGGGAGACUCGCUCACCAGGGUACAGGCCCUUGAAGAGGAAUGCUAGCCAAGGAAGUCAAAAGCUCUAACGCUCCCUUGUGUGCAUUAUAUCUGAGUAUAAGUGAAAAACUAUGUGCUAUGAGUAGCCUGCUAGAUCCUCUUUCCUGAUUAGAUUAAGGAACAAUUUGAAUAUGCGCUGCCUUGCAGCUCGAGUCAACUACAAAACACUUAUUGUCAUCUGUACGCUGUUUACCUUGGUGACUGUGCUAUUGUGGAACAAGUGUUCUAGUGACACUUCAGCACGCUUCCCACGAGAUCCCAGUCUGUUGGAAUCUGGCUUCCGUAAAGAAAUUUUGGAGAAGCGCACUGCCUCCCUAGACAACAAUAAUGCUGGCAGUGACAUUCAUGUUGUAAAACAGCAGUCAGAAGAAGCUUCCCCUCAGGAGCAGCAGAAAGCACCACCAAUAGUUGGAGGUGUCAAUAACAUUAAAUCCUUGGGCCUUAAGUAUGACGAGCUAGACUGCCUGAUCAAUGAUGACUAUACCAUUAAAGGAAGAAGGGAAGGAAAUGAGGUAUACCUCCCAUUUAGCUGGGUGGAAAAAUAUUUUGAAGUUUAUGGAAAAGUAGCGCAAUAUGAUGGCUAUGACCGCUUUGAGUUUUCUCAUAGCUACUCCCGUGUGUAUGCACAGCGGUCACCUUACCACCCCAAUGGGGUCUUCAUGUCUUUUGAGGGCUACAACGUUGAAGUCCGAGACCGAGUGAAGUGCAUCAGUGGCGUGGAAGGCGUGCCUCUGUCAACACAGUGGGGACCUCAAGGCUACUUUUAUCCCAUCCAGAUUGCACAGUAUGGAUUGAGCCACUAUAGCAAGAACCUGACAGAGAAGCCCCCACACAUUGAGGUGUAUGAUACAGGUGAUCAGGAUGCUCGAACAAGCAGCUGGGCUGUGCCUAAGGGCUGUCUCAUCUCUACAGUGUUUGAUAAAACAAGGAACAGCAAUGUGAGACAAUUCAGCACUCCAGAAAUGUCAGAUGGAGUUUCCUUGCUCCUUGGAAAUAUGAAAGAUUUCAUCAUCUCAUUUGACCUUAAAUUUAUCACAAAUGGUAGUGUGUCAGUCGUGCUGGAAACAACAGAGAAGAAUCAACUUUUCACCAUCCAUUACGUUUCAAAUUCCCAGCUGAUAGCUUUCAAAGAUAAAGACAUUUCAUAUGGCAUUGGGGCUAGGACUAGCUGGAGCACACUCACAAGAGACCUGGUAACGGACUUGAAGAAGGGGGUGGGUCUUUCCAAUACUAAAGCUGUAAAACCGACCAAGAUCAUGCCAAAACGGGUGGUUCAAAUUGUUCUAAAAGGAAAAGGCUUUAUUGACAAUAUCACUAUCUCCACAACAGCACAUAUGUCUGCUUUCUUUGCAGCAAGUGAGUGGCUAGUAAAAAAUCAGGAUGACAGAGGCGGGUGGCCCAUCAUGGUGACACGGAAACUGGGAGAGGGUUUCAAGUCUCUCGACCUAGGCUGGUAUUCUGCUAUGGCUCAGGGUCAAGCCAUGUCCACUCUGGUGCGAGGCUACCUGCUAACAAAGAAUACCGUUUACCUCAACGCAGCUCUCAAGGCUACAACACCUUACAAACUCCCUUCUGAGCAGCAUGGUGUGAAAGCACUUUUCAUGAACAGGUAUGAUUGGUAUGAAGAGUAUCCCACAAGCCCUAGUUCGUUUGUACUUAAUGGCUUCAUUUACUCUCUUAUUGGUUUGUAUGAUCUAAAGGAGACUGCUGGUGAGAAGCUAGGCAGAGAUGCUCAUCUCCUUUAUGACCGUGGCAUGGAAUCCCUGAAGGCCAUGCUCCCAUUAUAUGACACAGGCUCUGGUACUAUUUACGAUCUCCGCCACUUCAUGCUGGGUACAGCACCCAACCUUGCCCGUUGGGAUUAUCAUACAACUCACAUAAACCAGCUGCAGCUACUCAGCACAAUAGACGAUGCUCCCAUCUUCAAAGAGUUUGUUAAGCGCUGGAAGAGUUAUCUAAAAGGAGGUCGUGCUAAGCACAACUAGCUGUGUCGUUUGAAACAGCUAUGAAUUUUCAAAGGCCACUGCUGAAAGAUUAGGAAGAGUUUGUACAGGUCAGAGCUCUGAUAAUGGCCUAAUGGCUGUUACGUUGGCCACAGUCAAAGGUCAUCACAAAGAUUAAAAUUAUGGUGAUGUUCAACCGAAUUCAUUACCAUGUCAUGUGUGAUGCAGAAAGCAGCUGGAAAUGGAAAUGUGGGCUCUGAAGCUAGAAGAUUUUUAAAUCCUGAUGGAAAGAUUUUUAAAUCAUGAAAACACUAGUCAAGUUCUAUUUACUGUCUGUUGCCAGAUGUCAUGACUCUGACAUCUGAACAGCUAAAAUUCCUCUAGUUAAAGUGUAAAAAAAUUUAGUUUUCCAUGAUUUGGUUGAGUUGGUGUUUCUACUGCCUCUAUGCCUAUAUUGGUACAGACUCAACAUUUGGAAAACUUGCUGGUACAGAUCAAUCCUGAAUCAGGCUUAUUUUUUGAAUAUUUUUUUCCUCCACCCGUUUAAACACUUUGACUCUGGUAGAGACUUUUACAUGGCCUAAAAAGUAUACAUCCAUUUCGGUCCUUGACCUUACAGUUCAUUUUCUUAUAACUGGCUUCUCAAAGAACACGUACUGGUCUUCAUCAGUCAGCAGAUUGAUAGUUUUGUACACCCUAGCACACAUUGCAGUUGUCAGAAUGAGUACUCCUGCCCAAUUUAUGUUCCUUCUGCAAAAAGGUUAGGUUAAUGUGAGGACCAUACAGCUCUGUACCCCAUGACCAGAUAUGACGAGUGUUGUACUCUUUAUUCCAGGUACUGGGCUGCUGUUUGUGUGCAAUGAGAACAGAUAGACAAGUAUAUUGUUAUAACAUAAGAGGUCCUUACUUCUCAGUGAGAUAAACCAUUUCUGGGCCUUUAGUGGGUAGAACAAGAGCUGGUUGUAUAAGACUCUUUCUGUCCUAGCAUAUCAUUGCAUCCACUAUAAUUAUUUGAAUAUCAGAAUCCAUGUUCGUGGAAAUGGCUGGGGCAGGCCCUGACAGUGUGCUCUCUUUGAAUUCUUUGUUCUUUGAUGUAGACAAUGAGCAGAGCAGAGAGUGUCAACAGCUAUUGUACUGCAUGCCAUUGUUCUCUGUGGAUGUGCUGCACUUUCCUUUUUUUUUUAUUUAUUUAUUGACAAAUGUAGCUGCUAAAGGGGCCAAUCUUCUAUUGUCGGUUGCUUCUUCCCACAACUCUGUUUUAUGUAAAUAGAGAAGCAGGGUAGUGGAUGUUGCAGUUGCUUGGAAUGCAGACAAAUUUCUGGAGAGAGUUUAUUUCAGAUAAGUACAUGUGUAAAUGAAAUGUUUGGCAGCAUUUUCAAGGGUGCUGUCUAAGAGCUGCAUUGGCCAACUUGUGUUCUGCAAGAGGUUAUAAGAUACCACGUAGCUGUAUGCAAAAGCACAACUGAACACCUGUUAGAAUUCUUUAUCUUUUUCUAAACGCUGCUAUUGUUUUUCACUUUUAAAUUGUUCUCCUUGUGAAUCUUAAAGGUGGCACUGGGGUCACAUGGUUCACUUGCAAUAAAAUAUUGGCGGGGGUUCUGCCUGGUUGUACAAACUGCAGGUUAAGCACAAUGUGCACAUUACCAUUUUUAUAUGCAGAGAGAAUGUUUAUAUAAUAAAAGGUUUUAAAUGUCAA